AUGUCUGCUCAAGACGAGCAACCAGGGGCCAACGGCGACGGCCGAGGCCGCCGAGGCCGGCAGGGGGUGCAGAGAGAGAGAACAUCACAGGACCACGUACUGCCCUUUCAGAUUUCUUAUCCACCUACAAUAUCUCAUCUCGUCAUAUUAGGCGGCGAGACGGAACCCGGACCAGAAGAUCCUAUCGGACGUGAGCCGGGCUUCGCCAAUUCCCCACCCAACGGCCAGGGUAGCGAGGACCAGGAUGAUGACGAAGAGGAGGAGGACGACGACGACGAAGAAGAAAUCAUUGCACGACCUACUCGCGGCGCUAAAAGGCGGCAACAGAAGCGGAAACGACCCGAUGACGAUUCGGAUGCCUCAAGUGACGGCGGUAACUCGGUCAAAGACUUUAUGAGCAUGUUGAGAUCUCGGGCGGGUCAGGUCGAUCAUUGCGAACUGUGCCUCAAGAAAUUUACCAUCACCCCGUACACCAAGACCGGACCGAAUGGUGGCCUCUUGUGUGCCGACUGCGGCCGCGUCAUGAAGGACGAGAAGAAGCCAGAAGUCAACAAGCCUUUGCCCAAGACCAAGCCGUCCAUGAAGGUACUGGGGAAAAAGCGCCAAGUGAAGAGCCAAAUUAUGAACGGAACCUUUAAGCUCGGGGCCAAGAGUUUGAUCACACUUUGCGUCGAGACCCUCGCCCGAAAUGUUGACCUGGUGGAGUCCUUUGGCGACCUGGCUCCCCACCUUGUAGACAAAGUAGCGCAGCGGCUGUCGAAGCGUCGUCUUGUGGAUUCCAACACCUUUACUUUGUUUCUCCACCCGUCCGUGGAGGAACUUAGGAUCUACGAUGCGGCGAAGCUCACUGAGGAGGAUUUCAUUAGUUGCUUCUCCAUCUGCCAGAAGCUGCACCUUCUCAAAUUCCGGAACGGCAUCCAUUUUAACGACAAUGUCGCGAGCUAUCUCGCGUCCCGGAACAUACAGCUAGACCACCUCUCGGUUCAUGGCUCCAACCUCCUCAGCGACCAGGCCUGGAUCAAACUUCUCGCUGCAAAGGGCACGGGGUUGACAACUCUUAAAACCCACUUCACAGACAAAAGCUUCACCAGUGAUGUGGUCGCGGCGGUUGUCAAGUACUGUACUGGUCUGAAAAGCUUGAGCCUCCAACACAUUGCCAAAUUGUCGUCGGAGGGGCUGUCUCUCCUCUGCGGUCUACGUAAGAUUGAGCACAUCAGCUUGCAGCUCAACGACAAGAUAACUGCAAAUUCUUGUGAAGACCUAGUCUCUCAUGUGGGGAAGGGCCUCAAGACACUCUCUUUCCGGCGCGCUCUAAACUGCACCGAUGUUCUCCUCUGCAUAAUCCACAAGACAUGCCGGAAUCUUAGCAAAUUUCGGCUCACGGAAUGCGGCAACUUUUCCGACAAGGCCUUUGCUAGCCUGUUUACGGAUUGGAGCAAUCCUCCGCUUGAGUAUGUCGACCUUGUGAAAUGUCGACACAUGGACUCCGCGAAUGCGCGAGACCCCGAGUCCGGGGUUGGAUUCGGUUCAGCCGCGCUGAAGGCGCUCAUGAGCCAUAGCGGACACCAGAUUCGGCACCUCAACCUCGAUUCAGCGCGCUACAUCUCGGUCGACGCGUUUGAAGAAGUGUUCUCAGAAGGAAAAGUUUAUCCUAGGCUCGAAUACCUAGAGCUUUCUUUCUGUGGGACGGUCACUGACUACGUGAUUGAGGGCAUCUUCAAGGCCUGUCCCAAGCUUAAGGAGCUCAUCGUCUUCGGCUGCAUGCUAGUCAAGGGGCUUGUCAAAGUUCCCCGAGGGAAGCUCUUGAUUGGUGUUCCUAACGUGAGGGGAUGA